GGAGGUUGAAGGGUUGAACAGCCUUGACUUGUGAGAUCGAGACUUGCCAUCAAACCACAAAGCUUCUCUCUUUCUCUCUGAAUUACCCACAAUUUCUAUGUCACAAAAGAAGCAUUUUUUACUGAGUUUUUCACUACCAAAAACCGAACCUAUUGUCUCUCUCCCUCCUUGUUUCUUCAAGCAAUUUCAUCUCUCUCUCUCCCUCUCUAGGCUCUCUAUUUCUCAUUCUCAGCUGUCUUCUUCUCUUCCGUCGGAAAUCCACCAAAUUUCUUUUGUAAAGUCUCAAAAGCCCAACUCACAAGAAAACGCUUCCAAUAACUACUACCCUUUUCUCUACUAAGGACGUGCCAACUCUCUCUCUCUCUCUCUCUCUCUCUCGUUAAGUAAAGCCUUUCUUUUUCAUCUUUGGGGCUUAUCUUCCAAGGGUUUUUCUUUGGUUUCUUUUGUGUUGUUUCUUUAUGUGAAUUGGGAUUUGUUCAAGAGAGAAAAAUGAAGGAUUGGAGGUGGGUUUUGGUUAAAUUUCUCUAUGUUGCUUUUGUGCUGAGGAUUGGUGCUGUGGAGGGUCAACAAACUGAGCGAAUUUCAGUAGGUUGAUAGCCGUUUUAGCUUCAUGAGGAUCCGAGAAGAACUUGAUGGUAGUGCCGGAGAUGUCUUGGAAGAUGAUCCUGUGGGAAGGUUGAAAGUUUUUGUUUACGAGCUUCCAAGCAAAUACAACAAGAAGAUUCUUCAGAAGGAUCCGAGAUGCCUCAAUCACAUGUUUGCUGCUGAGAUCUACAUGCAUCAGUUCCUUUUGGCUAGCCCUGUACGAACCCUCAAUCCCGAGGAAGCUGAUUGGUUCUAUACCCCUGUAUACACCACUUGUGACCUUACACCAAAUGGCCUCCCUUUACCAUUUAAAUCGCCACGAAUGAUGAGGAGUGCAAUACAGCUUAUUUCUUCUAACUGGCCUUACUGGAAUAGGACUGAAGGGGCUGAUCACUUUUUCAUAGUACCGCAUGAUUUUGGGGCAUGCUUUCACUAUCUAGAAGAAAAAGCUAUUGAAAGAGGAAUACUUACAAUGCUCCAACGCGCUACCUUGGUUCAAACAUUUGGUCAACGGAAUCAUGUUUGCUUAAAGGAUGGCUCAAUCACAAUUCCUCCCUACGCUCCUCCACAGAAAAUGCAAGCCCAUUUGAUUCCCCCUGACACUCCUCGUUCCAUUUUUGUAUACUUCCGAGGUUUGUUUUAUGAUGUGGGGAAUGACCCAGAAGGCGGUUACUAUGCAAGAGGUGCCCGAGCAGCAGUGUGGGAGAAUUUUAAAGACAACCCUCUUUUCGACAUCUCCACAGAGCACCCUAUGACUUACUACGAAGAUAUGCAACGAGCAGUUUUCUGUUUGUGUCCGCUCGGGUGGGCCCCGUGGAGUCCGAGACUAGUUGAAGCAGUGAUAUUUGGGUGCAUCCCUGUCAUCAUCGCGGAUGACAUUGUUCUACCUUUUGCUGAUGCAAUCCCGUGGGAGGAAAUUGGUGUCUAUGUGGAUGAAAAAGAUGUCCCAAAUUUAGACGCCAUGCUCACAUCAAUUCCAACUGAAGUAAUAUUGAGGAAGCAGAGAUUGCUUGCCAACCCUUCGAUGAAGCAAGCAAUGUUGUUUCCACAACCUGCUCAACCUGGGGACGCUUUCCAUCAAAUUUUGAAUGGACUUGCGCGUAAGUUGCCACACGACAAGAGUGUGCACUUGAAGCCAGGUGAGAAGAUCUUAAACUGGACAGCGGGCCCUGUGGGCGACCUGAAACCUUGGUAGCGGUUGUUAUAACAUCAUUCUUUUGUUGAAAGCAGUCAUGUGUUCUGCAGCUCACCCUCCCUCCAAGCUGCCAAUUUGCAUCAAGUUGUACAUCUUCGUUUUGCAAAUAUGCACUCAAUUAUAUGUUAUUUUUUGGCAGUUGUAGUAGGGAUGUGGGUUAUUUGAUGUAGCUCACUUCAGGGUUAGAGUUUGAUCUCAAGGCUCUUGCUGGUUGUUCCAUUGUUGUUAGCACCUGUACUUUAAGCUUAUGAAGCAAUUUUUCAAAUUAAAGUGCUGGCCUUUUGCUAAUU